AUGAAAGAGAAGAAGGAGAAGAGAGUUAUGGCGGAUUUGUGGUCUAACGUGGGACCCGCAUUAGCCACAUUCAUGUUUUUCCGCAGUGUAUACGAGAGCUAUUUCCCUCAAGACUUGAUCAGCAGGUAUAUUAACAAAGUGUUAAGCUACUUCUACCCAUAUGUCACCAUUACUUUUCCAGAAUUCAAAACAGAAGGCUUCUAUGAGCGCAGCAAAGUGUUCGGGUACAUCGAACGGUACCUUAGCUCCAGCGCCUCCACACAAGCAACUUCUCUGUUAGCCAAUGGAGUCCGAGGUAGCACCGAAUACGUUGUUCUUAGUAUGGGACAUUACGAGAAAGUGAUCGACAUAUACAAAGGAAUCAGGCUGGAGUGGAGCUCGUACAAGCACUCACCGAGCAAACAGACGAUCAAUUGGGGCGGAAAGGAAGUGGACAAGAGGCUUUUCGACCUUAAAUUUCACAAGAAACAUCUCGAGGUUGUUACCAAGCAUUACUUGAAACAUGUGGUGGAAGAGGGGAAGAGGAUUUAUAAGAAGGAAAAGAAGCGCCGGCUGUAUACAAACAACAAGAGCGAUGAUUGGGACGACGACAAGUGGAGCUACGUCACCUGGAAGCAUCCUUCCACUUUUGAAACAAUGGCGUUGGCGCCAAAGAUGAAGCAGGAAAUCAUUGAUGAUUUGAUCGCGUUUAGAAACGCUAAGGAUUAUUAUAUGAAGAUAGGGAAGGCUUGGAAGCAUGGUUAUCUUCUUUAUGGCCCGCCUGGAACUGGAAAAUCGAGCACAAUUGCUGCCAUGGCGAAUCUCAUGGAAUACGAUGUGUAUGAUAUUGAGCUUACCACGGUGAAGGAUAACAGUGACCUGAGGAAGCUACUGAUAGAUACUACCAGCAAGUCUAUCAUAGUGAUUGAAGACAUUGAUUGCUCUCUUGAUCUCACUGGUAAGAGGAGUGCGGAAGAAGAGGAGAGCAGCAGUGAUGACGAGGAUGAUAUUCCAAUCCCGAACAAGGCGAAGAAGAAGGAGAAGAAGAGCGAAGAGGUGACAUUAUCAGGGCUCUUGAACUUCGUCGAUGGUCUCUGGUCUGCAAUUGGGGAAGAAAGGAUCAUGAUUUUCACAACAAACCACGUGGAAAAGCUCGACCUAGCUUUGAUUCGGAGAGGGAGGAUGGAUAUGCACAUCGAGCUAUCAUAUUGCUGCUUUGAAGCUUUCAAGGUGCUAGCCAGAAACUAUCUACAGCUUGAAUCUCACCUUCUGUUCUCCAAGAUUGAGUGUUUGCUUGCAGAAACCAAAAUCACCCCGGCCCACGUGGGAGAGAAUUUGAUGCCCAAGUCUGCCAAAGAUAAUGCUGAAGUUUGCUUGCAGAGAUUGAUCGAAACCCUAGAAACUGCAAAGGAAGAAGCCAGGUUGAAGACUAUGGAACAACACAAACCCAGGGCUGCCGAGAGAAACGAGAAAACAAUGAUCAAAAAGAUCAGAAGACAACUAAACAGGCUAUUCAAGAAGUAGAAAA